AAGUGAAAGCCCAACGAAACGCGACACACACAGCCAUGGCUGCCUCGUCUCCGACUCUCUCCAAACUCCUCGCUUCUCUACUUCCCUCGCCAUCGCCGCCGCAGCAGUCACCGCCGUCUUGGCUCCUCUCUCUUCCCCAAAACGUGAAGUUUCCAAAGAUCGCGUCCUCGUGGUCUCAGCCGGAAAUUUAUUCUUCUUCUUCUAUUGAAAUCGCCGCCGUAGCAUUUCCGUCGCUCGCGAACUCGAACACGUUGUUUUUCAAAUCGGCUUACAACGUUAUGGUGAUCCCUGAAGAGAACGAGCACGAAGAGAGGCUUGUGUCUCGUUUUAAGAGAGAGGUCUUCAAGGCCGGCGUGUUGCAAGAGUGCAGGAGCAGAAGGUACUUCGAGACCGGUCGGGAACGGAGGAAGAGGAAGGCCAAGGAGGCAGCCAAAAGGAAUCGUAAUAAGAGGUUCUCACAAACAAAAGCUCAGAUUAAGGCCAAACAAGAAACUUUAAAUAAUGCUCAUGGGAAGAAGGAUGCUGAGGAUGAAAAAAAUGAUAACUGGGACAAUUAUGAGGUAGAGCUUCCAUAUUGAUCUGUGUGGAAAUAAAAUAAGCAUCUGAAAAUUAAGCCAACAGAGAUGAAUACUCAGACUUAAUGUUGAACUGUUUAACCAGAUAAGGGUUUAUUCUUCGUUUCUUUGUUGUAGAUUCAAAAGAAAAAUACUUCAUUCAGAUUAGCCCAGAGCCUUUAGGAUUUUGCACUCAGCUGUUCAUUUUUUUUUUUUCAAAAUUGUCUCAUGGGUACGAUAAUGCGAGCUUUGUAAGCAUAAUGUUAGCUUCAUCCUUUAAUAAGAGGUGAGAAACAAUAAUAGCAUGAACAAUACUUUAAGAUUCAUUUGAA